AUGUGCCCAGCGAACCGCCCUGCAGCUUUUGUCAUAGUUACUGCACGGUCAGCUGGAGUAACGACGCUACAAAGGAUGCUCAAGAUGCUGCCGCUCCGACGGUCCAGCUCACUGCCAGAAGAACUUCCGGAAUGGUGUAUGAUGGUGUUGCGGCGGUUACUGAGAAAACGCUGGGUGCUGGGCGUAGUCUUCGGACUGUCUCUCAUCUACUUCCUCACCAGCACACUGAAACAGGAAGAGCGUCCCAUACGGGACCGCACACUGUUAGAGGUCAGAGAUUCAGACCAUCGCAUCCCCUGGAAAGUCCGGUUUAACCUGGGCAACAGCAGCCGACAGAUGACUCAAUGCAGAAACUCCAUCCAGGGGAAGACGCUGCUCACGGACGAACUUGGUUAUGUCUGUGAGAGAAAAGACUUGCUGGUCAACAGCUGCUGUAAUGUCAACGCCCCCAGCACUAGACAGUACAUCUGUAAAAGCUGCCUGGCCAACGGCUGCUGUAGCAUCUACGAGUAUUGUGUGUCUUGCUGCCUUCAGCCUGAUAAGCAAGCUCUACUUGAGCGCUUCCUGAAUCGUGCAGCUGAAGGCUUCCAGAAUCUCUUCACUGCUGUGGAGGAUCAUUUUGAGCUGUGCCUGGCCAAGUGCAGAACGUCUUCACAAAGCGUCCAGCAUGAGAACACCUACCGCAACCCCCAGGCAAAGUACUGCUACGGAGAAAGUCCUCCAGAGCUCCUUCCAGUAUGAGAGGAGGGGACUACCAGGAACAGUGGACUAUUACAACGUGUUGUUUGUACCGUGAGAAGGGGAAAUGCAUAUUCUGCAGUCAUGGGCAAAUUUCGCUACAUAAAGCAAUGAGAUCACGACCUCAGCAAUGGACAAACUCUGUACGUGUUUUAAUUGUUUACACUUCAUAAGUGCAUAGAACGCUUCCUCCAUUCAUCAGUGAUGAUUGUCAGGUCUUCAUUACAGGCAGCUCAUCACCAGGACUCGAAACAGGGACAUGAAAUAGGUUUUCAUUUUAAUAGAAGGAUUUUUUUGGACAUUUUGCAACAGCAUCACCUCUGUGUAUAGUGCAUGCAUAUGAAACAAAUAUUUAAUAAAAGUGACUGUGAAAUCA